AUGUACACUAUCACUCCCACCCACCGUUUCUUGGUCCUCUCUGCCACUGAGUCUGGCCCCUACAACCCCGCCAACAAGUUCCUCGUCUUGUCUCCCACUGAAUCUGGCCCGGAUCCCCGCGCCUGGGAAGACCAGCCCCAGGUUGAGACCAUUGAGGAAAUCCCUGUGUUGGCUCCUGCCAACCGUGCCCGCACCAAUAGCUCUGUUUCUACGAACUCUUCAGUCUCCCUGAAUGACCUUACCACCACCCUUCCGAGUGGCUUCCUCUACCUCGGUCAUGGCAAGAAGCAGAACUAG